AGGUGGUGAUGCGGCCACGAUGCGAAGCAGUAUCAUCUCAGUAGCCAUUUUUCCAUCCAAAGUUGCGAAUCAAUUUAACUUGUGCGCAAAAUAGGAAUAUCGCAUAAAACAUUUGCGAACAAGCAAAGUUUCCAGCCAUCCAACGAGUCGAAGAGAAAGUCGUCACUUCCUGAUAAACUGCCACUAAAUAUCACUUAAGAAAAUGAGGUGAUCAGAGCGAGCAGACGAAACAAUAUAAAUGCGGUCAUUGCUUUUGGAGGUGGAUGCGACAGUUCUGGGAGGUAAUUAUACAGAAAUACUUUGAUGACAGACUUUGCUCGGGCAUUUCAGAAUGAACAUAACAUUUCAGAUGCUGUGCAAUGAGAUCGGUCCGCUGUUAGUCAGGUUUUGCCAUCCCAUUGCGCAAAGUCACAUGACUUUUUUGUUGCGCAUAAUUUAUUCGGCAAAUGUGUUUCUGUCUCCCAAUAUUCACAUUAAUUAUUUUUCGCACAAGUAAAAACCCAACUCAAGUGAGUGUAAAAUUUUUUGCGAUCAAGGGAUUUCUUUUUUCAAAACUUGCCAAUUCCAGUGCUUGUUUCUGAUGCGAUACUUUAAAAUGCGCAUUAAAAAGGGUGAUGGAAGCAUAGCUACUGAGUGUUGACAAUGGCUGCACGAUAAAUCACAAUUAAUAUUAGGCAAAAGCUACGAUAUUCAUGUAGGCAUCUUGUCAGUGAAGCACGGUUCUGUGAUCAGCAGUAAAUCUCCAUCCGAAGGCCAGAGGGCGCUCACGCGCGGAAACCCCACAUACACCCCGCAGAAGAAAUCCAGGAAAUCCCUAUAGCUGCAGCUGAAUAAACUGAAGAUUUAAAUGCUUUCAUUGAUUCAACUUGACUAAUAAGCACACGACUACGACAAUAUAUUUGACAACUUUAUUAUCACAGCGCGAUUUCAUAAUAUCAAUGAUAUUGUCUGCGAUUUAUUUUUAUUUAUUUUUUUGUGUAGCUUGUCAGUGAACUACGGCUCUGUGUAGUAAAUGCUGCUCCAUCUAAAAGCACGUGAUGGAGAUUUACUACUAAUCACAGAACCAGCUUUAUUGACAAGAUGCGCAUGACUAUCACAUGCGAUUUAUCGUGCAGCCAUAGCGUUUAUGACCUUUUACGCAUGCACAGUAAGAGACAACCUGAUAGAAGUGAAAGAAGAAAGUGAAGAACUGACUGAAGUGCGUGAGAUGCAUCAAAAUCAGGACCAAAAAACACCUCACAAACCCGGAACCAACAAUUCAUUCAUCUGUCCUCAGUGUGGGAAGAGUUUCACACAGAAAGCUCACCUGAAGGAUCACAUUCGCAUUCACACCGGAGCGAGGCCUUUCAGGUGCGUUCAAUGCGGAAAGGAUUUCACACAAAAAACAAACCUCAAGGAGCACAUGAGAAUUCACACCGGUGAGAAACCCUUCACGUGCCAGCAGUGCGGAAAGAGCUUCACGCAAAAAGGCCAGCUUAAGAAUCACGUCCGAAUUCACUCCGGAGAAAAGCCGUAUGCGUGCCAACAGUGCAGACGGAGUUUCACGCAAAAAGGCCAGCUGAAAAACCACAUCAGAAUUCACUCUGGUGAACGGCCUUUCGUUUGCUUACAGUGCGGAAAGAGUUUUUUGCAUAAAGGAACCCUUAAGGAUCACAUGCGUAUCCACACCGGCGAGCGGCUGUUCACGUGCCCUCAGUGCGGGAAGAGUUUCACUCGUAAAGACAUCCUGAAGAAUCACCUGCGCAUUCAUUCCGGAGAAAAGCCCUUCAUAUGCCUUCAGUGCGGGAAGAGUUUCACGAAAGCGGUGUAUCUCAGGAUCCAUCAGCACUCUCAUUCCGAAGAACGACCGUUUGACUGCCAUCAGUGUGGAAAAAAAUUCAUUUCUGCAUUACAGCUAAAAAGACACUUAAAAAUCCACGCGGAUGAGAAGUCGUACCCGUGCUCUUUUUGCGGGAAGACUUUUUCCAUGCUGGAAUAUUUGAAGAAGCACGAGAAAAUACACACCGGGGUGAAAGCUCACGUGUGCUCCGAGUGUGGAAACAUGUUUUCUACAAUCACCUUCUUGAAGGAGCACCAGAGGACUCACACUGGAGAGAAACCGUAUGCGUGCGCUCACUGCGGGAGGCGUUUCACUCAUUCCAGUACUUUGAAGAGACAUGAGAGAAUGCAUACUGGAGAGAAGCCAUAUCACUGCACUUUAUGUAUGAGGAGUUUCACUGCCUCAAGUGCUCUACUCAGACAUAGAAACAAAUGCUGCCAAAAGCUGCUGUCACACUGAGCAAAGAGCAGUUGUUAGAGCUCCUGACUGCAGCUGUGUUAAUGCUCUGUGACUCACUAGAUAGUGUGCAAACUAGUUUUGAUCAUGCAGCGUGAUUUAAUCAAACACCCAUGCACAAAGCACUUGCAUAUCAUUGCUCUUUUGUUGAUUUCGAUUGCUUCCAUUGUCCUUAUUUGUAAGUCACUUUGGAUAAAAGCAUCUUCUAAAUGACUAAAUGUAACGUAAAGCACAAAAUUAUUAUAUUUAUAUAGUGUGGAGUGCUUUGAAUUCCUCACAAAAGUCUGUUACAACACUAAAAAUGCACUUUACAACUAUGGCAGUUGUAUUUAUAGUUUAGAUAUGUUUAUACCAUCUUUCAUUCAUCCUGCUAAUAAAGAGCCAUGCAUGGUUUUACUCAUGAUUGCAGUGGUCUUCUUCACAAAUACUCAGCUACUGAUACACUUUCAAUAGGCAAAAUUCAUUGCAGAAUCAAAAACUCUCAAGCGUGAAUAUCCAUGAAUUAUGGAUCAAGCUAUCAGUUUUCAUAAUGUGGCAUUGAGUUUGGACUGAGAACUAGUCACUUGCUUUGCUUUCAGAAAUUGCAAGAGAUGAUUUUACUUUAAAAGUUAUGUAUCUCAGUUUUUGAUUCAGGUCAUCAGCUCAACUACUAUAACUACCUUACUUACUAUUAAUAAGCAGCUAAUUAGGAGUUUAUUGAGGAAAACUUAGUUAAUAGUGAAUGUGUCCCCAAAUUUAAAGUGUUACUGUGCAAUAUUUAGAAGUUAACCGUUGAAUAGAGCUAAAGAUUGUCCAAGUUUGUACCAAGUACUAGGGAUGCACGAUAUUGG